CACAGUCAAUGAAAGAAGGCAUAGGAGCCAUGAAAGGCAGAGGAACGGGAGAACAAAUAUACACCCACGUAUAAGGUAGCAGUAUACUAUCUAGAUUAUCCUACUACAAGCUUGCUCUGAGGCUCUUAGAUUGUCUAUGUGGUGCAAGUGCCAAGAUCUCUCCGUUCAUGAAUUAUAAUUUUGGCGGCAACGUUCUCGAGAAGGAGGUUGGAGGCGAAGAAGGGAGUUGCCCAUGGCCCAGGCCGUGCGACGGGUGCCGCGUGGCGCCGAGCGUGGUGUACUGCCACGCCGACGCUGCGUACCUCUGCGCGUCGUGCGACACGAGGGUGCACUCCGCGAACCGCGUGGCCUCGCGCCAUGAGCGUGUGCGUGUCUGCGAGGCAUGCGAGCGUGCCCCCGCCGUGCUGGUGUGCCGUGCCGACGCGGCAGCGCUUUGCGCCGCCUGCGACGCAAAGGUGCACUCUGCAAACCCGCUCGCCGGGAGGCACCAGCGCGUGGCCGUGGCCACUCCCCCUGCAGCCAUUCCGGCUGCUUCUGUGCUUGCCGAGGCAGCAGCCACCACCGGGGCCAUCGGUGACAAGGAAGAGGAGGUGGACUCUUGGCUGCUGCUCACUAAGGAUUCUGACAACAACAACAUCAGCACCAGCAACAACAUCAGUAGCAACAACAUGUACUUUGCAGAAGUGGAAGAAUACUUUGAACUUGUUGGGUACAAUUCAUACUGCGACAACCACAUCAACAAUACAGAGCAGUACGGAAUGCAAGAACGGCAGCAGCAGCAGCUGAUGCAAAAAGAAUUUGGAGAUAAGGAAGCUGGAGAGUGUGUGGUACCUUCACAAGUUGCGAUGGCAAAAGAGCAGCAGCAGAGUGGCUAUGGAGUUGUAGAGCAGGCUGCCUCCAUGACUGCUGGGGUCAGUGCUUACACCGAUUCCAUCAGCAACAGCAUAUCUUUCUCAUCAAUGGAGGUGGGUAUAGUACCAGACAACAUGGUCACAGACAUGGCAAACUCCAGCAUCCUGACACCUGCUGGAGCCAUCAGUCUCUUCUCAGGUCCUUCACUUCAGAUGCCACUUCACUUCAGCCCAAUGGACAGAGAGGCCAGGGUCCUAAGGUACAAGGAGAAGAAGAAGAAUAGGAAGUUUGAGAAGACCAUACGUUAUGCAACAAGGAAGACAUAUGCAGAAGCACGGCCAAGGAUCAAGGGUCGCUUCGCCAAAAGAUCUGAUAUGGAGAUCGAAGUGGACCAGAUGUUCUCAACUGCAGCUCUGUCUGAUGGUAGCUACGGUACUGUCCCAUGGUUCUGAAGGAACUUGGUGAAAUAUUAUCUCAUAGGCAUAUGUAUUGACCAGAUUGGCCUGGUGCAGGUAGUUCUAGGAAAAAGAUGCUAUGAAUAAUAAU